UUAUUAAUGCAUGCCGCCCACCAACGCACGGUUUCAGCGGCCAGCAGCCACCAGUUCACUGCCACCACCUCAACGCGCAACAACACAACCGUUAUAAAAACUAUACAUUUUCUAGAAAGAAAAAAAUAUAUAAUUUAUCGAACAAAUUUUGAAAAAUCAACUUUCUUAACUAGCAUGGAAACCGCUGUUCCAGAAGCCCCACAGCUGGUGAAGGUCAAACUGAUACCGGCUCAUACGUUGGAGGAGCGCAAGCGACACAUUGUGGCCAAUGUGGUAUUGGAGGGUCGUACCUCCGUAGUGCCUUACAUGGAUGACGCCGUCAGCAUCGGUAAAGUGACACAAACACAAUUGCUCGGGGCCACAGCAGUGCCGAAGAGUAGCCACAAGCGUUUGCGCUUCUACUCCGUGGGUCCGCGUACAUAUCACACCAAAUGUCCACUGUGUCAGCAGCACGGCGAUGCGGCUGUGAUGCGUGCGGCGGGCUUAAAGGAUGCCACCUGUUGUUUGUCAACAUUGUCGUGCUUUUUCCCGAUCUUCUGGCUCUGCUGCGUUUGCACCUGGUGCGGCUGUAAUCGUGAGUGGACCACGAAAGGUAUUUACUGCAGUAAAUGUGGCGGCAAAUUGGGCAUACAACAAAGGCCGAAAUGAGUGUCACAAUAGAAAAAUAAAGAACACAAUUAAAAACAAAUAAAAAAUAAUAAAAAAUAAAAAAAAAAUAAAAUAAUAAUAAAAAAAUAAAUAAAAAACGAGCAAGUGAACUCGGAAUUAGUGCAAUAUUACCCAAAUAACAAAGCAAAUAACGAAAGUGACAAAGUGAAGUAAUAAUAAAAAUACUAAUUUGUAAAAUAAACACUUUCACCCUGAAUUUAAGUUUAGCUGAGUAAAAGUGCAAUAAUAAAUAUGCAUUUGUUAAUAGUGCGCGCUCUCGAAAAUACCUUUUAAAUCGAAAAUUCUAAAAAUUGUUUUUUGAAACUUAUACUUUAGUUUGUAAACACGAAACAUAUUUAAUACACAAUUGGUGUGAUCUUUUGGCAAUCUUUCGAUCGACCAUAUCUUUUUCGCACUCUGAGCACCUCUAUUACGUGCUCUGAGAUUCUAGAUGUGGGUGGUAGCGUGAAAACUUUCGCUCUCUUCACUCAAAUAUUAUAAAUAUACUAGUUUUUAUAGUUCUCCCUCACUCACCUGCUUAUUCUCUCGCGCGCUCGCCUACUACACAGCGUCCACUGUUGACCGCAUCUCAGCUACUUGUUAGCCGUUCGACUUUAGUACGUUUCUUUUAUUGCCGGACGUGUAAUCAUUGCGCUCGAAUAAACAAUUAUUUUUUCUACAUCUUUCGCGAGUAAUCAAAUUUAUACUAGAUAAUACGAAAGUGAGUGCGUUGUUUUUUUUGGCGUAUAAUUAAAUAUAACGAUUAAAACAUGAUGUCGGAAUCCAACUCCACGCCAAUUACACCCGCGAUCGAAGACAGCAACAACACACCUGCCGCGGCGAAUAAAAAUGCCAAGAAGCCUUUGUCUGAGAAGGAGCUGAAGGAGCAGCAGAUUUAUAAUAAUUUCGCCACACCACUCAUUGGCACUUACCUCAAUUUGCCACAGGAUUCGGUAAUGUUAAAAUGUCCUGCUUGCGGCAUUGUUGAAAUGUCACAAGUCGAAAAUGAUAUGAAAUGGUGGGCGACGGAGUUCAAUCGCUUCGUCGGCUGUUUGUGGGUCACAUUUUGUUGCUGCUGCUGCAUGGACUACUUUAUACCAUGUAAACAAACGGAUCGCAAUCAUUAUUGCAAGAAUUGCGGUUGCUACUUUGGACGCGCUAUGAAGCACUCAGCAAUCAAACCUAAAAAGCUGGUCGCCAAGUCUUGAGGUGGCUGUCACCCACACACAAUUAUUUGGAAAACACAUACUCGUACAUAUUCCUUUACUGCCAAGGAGGCCGAUUAACGAAAAACUCAAAACAAAAACAAGAAGUAAUAAUAAGAAUAAUAAAAUUAAUAAAUAUGUUUGCUUUCCACUUUUUGUCUUCACGAAAACGCUAGAUAAAGCAAAGAAAAUAUACACAUACACAAUUAAAUAAAAAUAUUUUUGUAAAUAUGUAUGAAUAUAUAUGCAUAUAAUUAAAAAUAUAUAGCAUAAAAUCGUAAUUAAGCGCACAUAUUUACGUUUCUAUGUAUAUUUUUUUUGUAAGAAAAUUUAUAUAUACUUUUAAUUAUUUUUUACAUAAAGCUUUCGUAAACGCAUACAUGAAUUCUAGAGAUGUAUUGUAUUUGCAUGUGUAAUUUAAUAAAUAAUAAAGAGUUUGAUAU